AUGUUUUUCUCUAACACUGACACAUUUUCAAGCAAUAUCAAAAAACGUAAUUACAUAAUUGCUUUUCUUACCGGUACAAUCACUGGCAUAGCAUGGUGGAUUAUCAUUGAUAUAUUAGUUCGUUCAACAGAACAUUUAUUUGCUCGAGUCUAUAUUCUACCUGGUAUUGCUAUAACACUAAUGCUUAUUAUUCUUCAUUUCAUUCCUGAUACGGGAAUACAAAUGAAUAAUGAAAUGACAAAUAUAUUUAAUGGUAGUUCAAGUUUAUGUUGUUGUAUUUCAACAAAAUGUGCUCGACUGUUAUUUUUUCUUGCUUUUCUUAUUAUCUUUUCGGCUGUGAUUAGUAGUAUAUGGAUAUUUAUUGCAAAUUAUGUUAUAACUGAUGAAAUAGAUAAAAAAUUAGGUUAUAUACAAUGGUUUGGAAUUGGUAAUAUGAUUUUUACAAUAUCACUUGCUAUUGCUACUUUAUUAAGUCGAUUUGGAAGAAAAAAAAUCGAUUCAAUGACAAUAUAA